AUGGCGGCAAGGGCAAUUUUCCAUGGCGGGUUGGGACUGGCUGACCUGAGCCUCCAUGAAAUUCCAGGAGAGUGGAGGAAGGCCAUUGCAGAUGGCUGUGAUUGGAAAGUCAUCAAGGCAGUUGUUUGGAAGGAGUUCCCGCAGCUCCUGGACCUGGUGUGCCAGAGUGGAAACACAAACCAAAGCAUAUCCAAACAGGAGGAUGAGCUCCAGCUCAUCAACAAGGUGAAGCAGGCCAUCACCUCCUGGCCAGGCGCCAGUGCUCCGAAGUGGCAGGACGUCUCUGCCACUGUUCUGCGGAGCAGACCAAAGUGCGGCCCCUGUGCUCCGUCCAUCUUCGCCUUUGUAGUGAGAUUUGGUGGCUCCAGCAAGAUGUUGGCGGACACACAAGCCUACGCCAGAACGUGUGGAAAGGGGGGCCGGGAGCUUGGCCAGGAAACUUGGGCCAUACUAUCCCAAGAGAUGAAGAGCUUCCCCGACCACCUCCGUUGGAGACACGCGCUGCUGAAGUAUGCAUACAGUGGGGUCAUGCCGAUCACAGCCACGGAUGCCAAACGAGCGAUGACAAACAAGGAGGUCGUGCAGAAGGCAUCGUGCGCAAUGAAGCUGCUCGACCAGUGGGCCGCAGUGACAGAACCCUACGCCAACGACGAGACCAAGCAGUUGGUGUUCCAGCGUGCGCACGGCAGCUUAGAAGUACACUUGGCAGCAUGCGCGCUUGACAAGAAAAACAGAACGCACGACAAGAUGGAAGAUGCAGCCCGACAGGUGUUGCAGGAUUUUGCCAACGAAAUUGGUGUCGCGCUGGCGACGCCAAGCCAAUGGGGCCAGACUCAGAAGAAGCCGUCUCCCAAGCAGCCGCCUUCCACCAACACCAUCUUGAGAGAAUACAACGACAAAGGUGUGCUGACAAACGCUCCAGCAGUCAUGGCUUCGAUGGGCUUUGCUGUGGGCUCUCAGGUGCAGCGCGGCAGCACUGUGGCGAAGAUCGACCGUGUCCAAGGUGAUGAGGUGCGCUUGACCGUGGAGGACAGCAAGGUAUUUGUGUCCGCUGCAUCGUUCAUCGCCAACGAGUGGAAGCAGUACAGUGAGCCAAAGCCGCAGCUGGAGGUGACGUGGCUGCAGCACUCCCCACCUUCGAGCUUGGACUUCCAACAUUGUCUGGUGAAGGGCAAAGUGUUCGAGGCUAUGGCAAAGCAGUGCGCGAAGUUGCAAGGCUGGGAUACUCUGCAGCUCUUUGCAAACCCGAAGGCUGUCAAAGUUGCGCAGAGUUGGCCUCCCAAGAAGCUCCACUUGCCGUGCGCCAGUACUCGCAUCUGGCUGAUUGAGGCAAGCAAGACCACGGCAGACCAGUUGCCCAUUGGAACAUUUGAGAACUACAUGGUGGUCAUUGGCAGCUGUUCCAAGACUGGCGCCGCGCCGGGCGAUGGCUUCCAGAACCCUUUCUGGCUAGUGCCGAGGACAAGUGAAGCUGACGAUGCCAACAUGGAGGUCUUCCCCUCCAUCGAUGUCUUGAAGACGAAGGUCAUCAAGCUUGACAAGGAGAUUGUGCUGCCAGUCCUUCGCAACUCUGGCAAGUUGGCGGAAGGAGAUGAGCUAUGUUUGCACACGGAGAAGAAGGACAAGGCGCAGCAGGGUGAGCCGUUGAGGGCCGCGCCUUCCAAAAGGCUGCGAACUGGUUGA